AUGCUGCGACCACCGACGGAGAAUCAGUUCGACAGACGUGAGCCUAUCAUCUCGGCUCGGCACGCUGUAGAGCGCCUUUCGCUGCAUCGUCGCCAUGAUGGUACAGCAGAAAUGUGUGAACUUGAUGCUUUCGUUCAUGUGCAGGUUGAUUCGCUGUCUAAGGACAGCUUCGCUGACCUGGACGCCGCCACACCCUUUUCACUCAAGAAACGGGCAAUGCUGGCGCCUCAACAGAUGGUUUUCGAGGCCAUGGAACAAAAAUCCACUAGUUUUGCAGAUGAGCUCAAGAACGCUGUUCACGAGCUCUGUGGAACUGAGAAGAAGAUCUUUAACAUUCCCAUUCCUAACCUUAAAAGCCACGUACUUGCACUAGGCGUUGUUGCGUUUUUGCUCUUUUGUACUAUCAUUGCUGUCGCGAUGAUCAGCUCUACCGAGUCUCCAGACCGACUCGCUGCUCCGUCGCGCGGAACUUCUUAUGACAAGAAGCGAAACUAG